GGGAGUUCAGCCAUGUUUGCUGCUGCUUCGUGAUGAUAGUACAAACGAAAAACAUGAAAAACUUCUUAUUAGCAUACAUGAAAGAAGAGUAGUUCACUACCUUGAGGUCCCAGAGGUCCUUGGUAAGGAGUUUCGCGGUUCGUCCCACAGAUGGUUAGUUUCUACUUUCUAUUGAAAAAGACUUCUACAAUCUGUUUUACCCAAUCACAAGGGUUGAAAUCACCCUUCCAGCGAAGUUAUAAAUUCCCUGAUGUGAGAAAGUAUUGUGCAAAGAAGCUUGAAACUGAAUAUGCACUUGAAGCCCAUGAUGGCCAGACUUUGUUCCUUUCGGCAGGUCUGGUCAAUGCCCGUCUUUCAUUCAAAGUUGUCCUAUCUUCAAGCAAAGUUAACUCUAUGGUUGUUGCCAUCUAUGGUAGUAAUUAUAAUUUGGUCUACUGCAAAGCUGGAGAUAAAAAGUGGUUAUCCAUUUCCAAAACAGUAUACCACGAUACCAUCUGUUAUCACUACCAGAAGAAAUGCCUUCAAUGGCAAUUAAUUAAAUGUUGGUAAUUUAUUCCUUGUGCUCAACUAUUAGCAGCAUUUAGACGUUAUCUGGGAAUAAAGACCUUUUCACUGGCCAUUGAAGAGAAUAGCCACAAAACGUAGUGUACCUGCAAUGGUUUCAUUGGGGAUUUCGGAUUUGUGGUGGAUUUUAGAUAUUCUGGAUGGGAACGAUGCGGAAGAGGAAGGUGAGCUUGUUUGAUGUGGUGGAUGAAUUGUCGGCAUUGAUGAAGAAAGCCCAUGGAUGCUUAAAUGGUGGAAACAACAUGACGCCUUCGAUCAACAAGUGGUAAAAAAAGCCUUCUCACAGAGAUUCUAUGAAUUUUGGAGAAGAGAAAGACUCUUCCGGUAUGGCAUCAAAAAGAGGAGUUCUCAUGCUGAUGAUAUCCAAUUAUUGGCGGUGGCCUCUCAGUCACCGGCUGUUGUCACCAGCUCUCAACCUUGCCUCUCGUCAGUUUCGAUUGUCGUUGGCCUAGAAACCCAAGGCCUAGGGAGGCCGAAGAAGUAUUGCGAAGAGGUGAUUAGACAUGAUAUGUCACAGUUGCAGCUCACCGAGGACAUGACCUUAGAUAGGAGGCUAUGGAGGACUCAGACUAAGAUAGUGGGCUAGGUGGCUUAUCUUUUCUCCAUAGUAGUCGUAGUUGUCUCAUUUGUUUAUUAACAUUUGAUUCCUGCAUUUGAUUACUGCUUAUAUUUGUUGGUCCGGUUUACUUUGGGUAUCCUAUUUAUCUAUAGUAGUUAAUGCUCCUUUCUUUCCGGUCUUUCCUACCCUGACUUUCUCGCUCUCAUUUAUCAUAUUUUUAUAUUGUUUUCGAUAUGCUUGGCUCUACUGACCUAUGUCUUGUUUUCCUUGUUUCUCCUCCCUUGUUCUUCUCUCUUAAGCCGAGGGUCUUUCGAAAACAGCCGCCCUACCUUUCAAGGUGGGGGUUAGGUCUGCGUACACUUUACCCUCCCCAGACCCCACAUGGUGGGACUAUACUGGGCUUGUUGUU